CGGGGGAGCUACGGAAACCGAGCAGGCCGGUCGCCUGGGCCGCAGACUUGAGCGUUCGCCGGUUGUCGCAGUUCCAGCCGAGUGGCCGCUGAGUUCUGGCAGCUGGCCGCUGCUGUGCGGGGCAGGCACUGGUAACGGUGUGUGUCUCGCCGACCCAGCUCCCACGGGAUCCCCGGCUGGCCCGGGCCCGAGUGCCGCACUCACGGCGGCGGCUCUGCCGCAGGAGCAGAGCGAGCAGCAGUCUGUGUCCCCCGGGGUCGGCGUGAUGAGGAGCCUGCCGUUCUUCUGCCGCGGCCAGGUGGUGCGUGGCUUCGGCCGCGGCUCCAAGCAGCUGGGCAUCCCUACAGCCAAUUUUCCUGAACAAGUAGUAGACAAUCUUCCAGCUGAUGUGUCCACUGGUAUUUAUUACGGUUGGGCCAGUGUCGGCAGUGGCGCUGUCCAUAAAAUGGUGGUGAGCAUAGGAUGGAACCCGUACUACAAGAAUGUGAAAAAGUCCAUGGAAACCCACAUCAUACAUACCUUCAAAGAGGAUUUCUAUGGGGAAAUUCUCAAUGUGGCCAUUGUUGGCUACCUUAGACCUGAGAAGAACUUUGAUUCUUUAGAGUCACUUAUUUCAGCGAUUCAAGGUGAUAUUGAGGAAGCUAAAAAGCAACUGGAUUUACCAGAACAUUUGAAACUCAAAGAUGACAACUUCUUCCAAGUCUCUAAAGACAAAAUUUUGAAUGGCCACUGAUGCGAAGCGCCAUGCCUGUCCACUCACUAGUCUGUCACUGCUUCUGAUGCAGUGUCACCUUGAUCAUAUCUUAAAUGCGACCCUUUCCCCAGAGCUGUCAAGUGAUCCUCAGCUAUUACUCCAUCAUGUUUUAUCGUACUAAAAGAUUCAUUCAAAAAAUCAAGACUUUUUAAAUGUAAUAUGUUGAUUAAAAUGUAGCACCAGAAAGCUAGUGUCUUAUAAUGGAAAUAAAGUGUGUGAGUGUGGGUGGAAAAGCAAGUUCAGUGGGGGAAAUAGGGACUGGCUGCAGUUCUCACAGCCAUGUGUGCUGGUGCUGGCCAGCCCAGCAAGCCUGUGCUGCUGCACGGUGACUUCCCAGGAAGUGCACUACACGGAGCUUACCCAAGGAGCAAAUUCUAGAUUGUGUUUUUAUGAUUUUGUGCAUUAAUAUAUUUUUACACACCUACCAA